AUGGCGACGAACGGUAACUUCGCCCACCAGGAGCAGUACAAGGGCUCCGCCGACCAGUACCCUGCCGCUCCGGCCUCCACCGAGAUCGCCAGCUCUACUACGGGCAAAAGCAAUCUUUCCAAGGAUGAGGUUGGCUGGUACUUCGUUGAGCAGUACUAUACCACCCUGAGCAAGUCCCCCGAGAAGCUUCACCUUUUCUAUGGCAAGCGCUCUCAGUUCGUCCAGGGCCUCGAGGCCGAAGUCGCCAACGUCUCUGUCGGCCGCCAGGUCAUCCAAGAGCGCAUUAAGCAGCUCGACUUUCAGGACUGCAAGGUCCGAAUCUCAAACGUCGACUCGCAGGCGUCCUUCGAUAACAUCGUGAUCCAAGUCAUUGGCGAGACCUCCAACAAGGCCGCCGAGCCCAAGAAAUUCGUCCAGACCUUCGUCUUGGCACAGCAACCCUCGGGCUACUUUGUCCUCAAUGACAUCCUGAGGUACAUCAAGGAAGAGGGAGACGAGGAGCCCACCGGGCCCGUUGCCGAGGACGAGGCUCCCAAGGAUGAGACCAGCAACCUGGAUGCCGGCGUCGUGGAACAGAAGCUCCACGAAACGACCAAGGUCGAGAGCACAGUAAACGGAGGCGACGCCGACGCCGACGCCGAUGCCGAUACCGAUGCCGAUGCCGAUGCCGGCAAGCCUUCCGAAGUCAAGCCCGAGGCCGCACCGACUGCCGACCCGGAAGUCACGGCGCUCGAGCUGGCCGAGGAGGACGCCAAGGAGCCCGAGAAACCCCAGGACCCCACCCCAACCCCCGUCGUUAAGCCUGCCGCUCCUCAGACUGAACCUGUUCCGGAGCAAUCCCCGGCGCCCCCCAAGCCCAUGACCUGGGCCAACCGCGCAGCCGCCGCCGCCGGACCUCGGCCUGUUGUUCCUCUCCCCAAGACUGCCACCCCUCCCGCACAGAACCAGAACCGAGUGCCUGCUCCCGCUCCGGCUGCCACUCCGGCUGCCACUCCGGCCGCCACUCCGGUCGCCGCUUCGGCCACCGCUCCGGCCGCGCUCCCGGCUCCCGCCACCGUGGCACCUCAGCAGACGGCGGGCGCUGAUUCCAAGCGCCAGAACCGACCUCUGUCCAUCUCGGGCACCUUUGCCGAGAAGGAGGGCACAAUGGGAUACGUCAAGUACGUGACGGAUAAGGUCCAGGACGCCGACCUCCGAAGUGCCCUGACGGCGCAUGGCGAGUUGACUUAUUUUGACAUCAACCGCCAGAAGAACUGCGCCUUUGUUGAGUACAAGACUGUCGAGGGAUACCAGGCCGCCGUCGCGUCUAAUCCUCACGUCGUGAAUGGCGAGAACAUUGUCGUGGAGCCUCGACGCCCCAAGGCCACGGCCUACGGAGGUAGCAACUACGGAUCUGGUCGGGGCAAUGCGUCCGGACGUGGGCGCGGUGGAUUCGACGGUGCUCGCGGCGGAGGACCGGGCAACUCACGUGGCAACUUCUCUGGCCAGAAUCGGGGACGUGGAGGUAUGCCCCGUGGCCGCGGGGGCCCGCAGGCCAACAAUGCCUAG